GCAAUGUCGUGGGAUGCGCGCGGCUGACGUCAUAUCGCCGGCUAUGCGGAUGUGUACAUCGCGUUGCACCUGCACUGUACGCUACUGUACUCGUAGCAGCUGUGUUGGGUGAUCGGAGGGGAGAUAAUUUUCUUAAAAGUUCAGCAGCACGAAUAGAUACACACACGCACGCACGCACGCGCACACAUCGUUAGUCAAUAUAAACAGGCGGUGAUUAAACUGCGACGAGCGACAGAGAGAAGAGUGGCCUGGUAUGGAAGCCGCCGAACAAGAUGUGAGUCUCGGCUCGCCAAAUAAAUUCGUUUCUCCGGAAGGAAAGGAGGGUGAGAGGGGGCCGCAGGUCUGUGAUGAGGGCAGAGGCGAUGCUCUCUCUGGUGGUGAGGUGGCGACUACCAUGACGCUCACCGAAGAGGAGCGAGAGCAGCUCACGCUGGAGCUGGCCAAGGUGGAAGAGGAGGUGGCUACUCUGCGCCAAGUGCUAUUGGCAAAGGAGCAGCGUGUGUGGAGCAUCAAACGAUCGUUGGGCAUGACACCGCUGUCCUGGCAGACAGUGUCGGGCCUCAUGCAGGACGUACAAGCCUCCACCGCGUAUAAGCGCACAACGGAGACGCUCAGCACAGCCGGACAGAAAACCACGUCGGCCAUUUCCACUGUGGGCUCGGCACUCACGCGCAGGCUCGGUGAUGUCAACAUCUUUCGGGCCAUGCCCUUCAGCUACACAAUCCGGCCGUCCAUAAGCAUGCCAGCUAUCAGGAACUCGCCAACAUUCAAGUCACUGGAGGAGAAGGUGGAGAGUACGGUGUCAACAAUCAAGGCUCGGGUGAGCCGCAGUUCAAGCCGCAGUGGCAGCAUCUCAGAGGGCCUUGGGGCCACUGAUAUCAUUCAAGAGGCGGAGGAAGCGGAGGAGGAGGGUCUGAAGCUCCCCGUGGUGCCAGUAGGAACUGGGGGACCUGGUGCCACUGAUAGAACAGUGGAAAAUGUGCCACUGUAACUGGGCCAUCUGGGCUAGCUUUGCUCACUGCUGUGUAGAACACACAACCACCGCCAGCACAGUGUAGGCUUUCGCAUGCCAAUGUUAACCAGUGCCAUCCAUAAAACCACUAUCCCGUGAACUUCACUCUUUGAUUCCUCCUGCCAUGUUGAAAACUCCACACAGGGUUCAACCACCGCACUGUAGAUCACAACACCACACCCACUCACAAACCUAACCACCCACUGAUUCACCCUCUCACUCAUCCAGUGUCUCACUCACCCAUCCACUCUGUUACCCACCCAAUCCACCUGCCCAAACCAACCCACCCACCCAUCAAAAAUUACCCACUCAAAAAACCGACCCAUAAAAGCCCAUCAGCAUAUAAUAACACACCCACCAACCCAACUACUGAACCAAACCAACUAACUAACCAACCACGCAAACCAACCCACCCACACCAACCCACUCACCCAAACCAACCCACCCACCCAAACCAACCAACCCAAACCAACCCACCCACCCAAACCUUUCCCCGCACCUCCAAUGAGCACGGUUGGCUAUGAACGGUGCAAAAGAAGUUCAAGAUACAUACAACUCACCCAAACUAAGCAAGCAACCAACCCACCCACUCAUCCACCCACCCAAACCAACCCAUCCACACCAACCCACCCACACCAACCCACCCACUCAAACCAACCCACCCACCCACCGACCCAAACCAACCCACCCAAACCAGCCCACCCAUCAACCACACUUCUCUUUCUGCUUCAUCCCUAGUGAGGUUUGACAUUGGAAUUUCUUCCCAUUUUAUUUUUCCAAGCUUUAAUAAUCACCAUGCUCAAUUCAAGAAAGUCUUAACUGGUAUCUAUUACAACUCUUGAUCGUGCUCUUUAUCUCUUUCCGCAUGAUGUUUUGGGCAUUUGGGUCUGUGCUCAGUAACUUUGUUCACCCAUCAUUCCAGUGCCUUGUACCUCACCUGCAUAUCUCUGUCCUUUCCACAUGUGCCCGCAUCAUUCAAGCUCUGCAAUUGCCAUAAUAUUCAAAUAUCAAGCUUAUUUUCUUCAACCAGGUGAGACCAUAAAGAGAAAAGUCUCAUUUGCAAGAGCGACUUACCUGGGUCGCCAAAUUGACAAAAGCAAAAACAUAAAAGAAAGUACACCAAUGAAACUAAUAGACAUCAGAGCAAAACAAUCAUUUAUUUUACCAGGUAUGGCCCACUGAGCUAUGUAGCUCUUUUUCAGCAGCAACCUGGCCACAUGAUAGUUCAACCACGUGGCUUGUCACGUGAAAAUCUAUAGUAGCCUAAUACUCUAAAC